GGGAGCGGCGAGAGCCGUGGUGCUCAGGUGCGGUCUAGAGGCGUCUGUCGUGACAAGAAGCACGGCCUAUCUGACAGUGUCAUUGAUCGUAUGAAGGAACCUUCUUCACCCAGUGGAAGAUCGCAGUCUCAGCACCGAUCAGCGUCUGGUGCAGUUAAUGAUGAGGAACUAAAGAAAAGAAUAGCUGAAGAACUGGCCUUAGAACAAGCCAGGAGAGACUCUGAAGCUCAAAAGAGAAGAUUGAAACAAGAACAAAUGUAUGUACGUGAUGAGUUUGGCAAAAUUCUGGAACGAGAAAGGAUUUCUUCAAAUGAACAUUUGACUCGAGCCAUUCUUCGAGAGAGAGCUGCAACAGAAGAGGAGCGUCAGAAGGCACAGCGUUUUGCCAAGCAGCUGGAAGAGAAAGACAGAGAACUGAAGAAGCAUGAUGCCUACUACAAAGAGCAGCUGGCUCGAUUGGAAGAAAGG